CGGACUUUUGGGAGGCUUAUGGCAGAAGAGGGGAGGCGAGGGGUGGGAAGGCGGCGGCGGUGCUGGGAGGCACAAGAGGCCAGCUGGCGAAGUGGGUGGGGACGUGGGUUAGCCCGCGAAAUGAGCAGGGCGGGUGAACCACAGAGCUAUGCAAAGCCGGGGGCGCGAAGAGGCCGCAGAUUUCUCGUGCAGCUUUCUAAUUUGCACGAGAUGACGUGAAUCAAAAGUUUCCCCUUCUGGAUGCCCUUGUUUUCAGGGACAUGCCCAACCCUCAAUCCCUGGUGCUCUCAUCUCUGUUCAUUCAUGCAUGGGAGAUGGGGUUUUUUUUAAAAAAAAUAAAACAUAAUUUUAAUUUAGUGCCCAAACAGUGAGUGGAUGCAGAAGAAAUUGCUUGGUCUCUGCGCCCCCUCUGCUGGUCCGGCUUUUCUAGCACGCGCUUGACGGUCUGCUCGGCGUGCAACCGGGCGCUGCUGCUCAGCCCCUUCCUUGCCUCUGAGCUGGGCUGGCUCCUUCCCCGGGAGGCGUUUUGCUGCAGCCGCUGAUCGAAGGCUGAGGUCACCAGGCGGGAGGAGGGGACGGCAAGCGAGGAAGAGGGAAAGCCCAAGCGGCAGAUCUCGCCCUCCGACUUGCCCAAACUUGCCCUGCCACUUUGCCUGGCUUCUUUUUGCCGGCCUCUUGACCCUCCGCGUCUAGGAGGACCACCGAGCUACGAAGAGCCGUUGCACCCACCCACACCGCGUUGAAUAAGAGCAGCAGCCUGACUCCUUUGGGAAACAGGGUAAGGCUCUGGAGGGAACGAUGCCGCCAAAGCGCAAGGCCCCUGCCCAAACCAGGGCAGCAGUCAAGGGCAAGAAAGUGAAACAGGAGCCGGAGCUAAAGGCUGAACCUGAAGAAGACAGUUUCCGCUCCACCGUGGAGGCACUGAAGGCAGCUCCCAAAGAGAAGCUCAAGGCCAAAAUUGACUCUGCCUGUCAGCUGAGCGACGUUAAUAGCGCCAAGAUUCACGAGGACUACGAUUGCAUGCUGAACCAGACCAACAUUGGCCACAAUAACAACAAGUUCUACAUCAUCCAACUCAUAGAACAGAACGGGAAGUACAGCUGUUGGAACCGCUGGGGCCGUGUGGGAGAGGUAGGGCAGUCAAAACUCAACGCCUUUCCAUCAUUGGAGGAGGCCAAGAAGGAUUUUGAGAAGAAAUUUCGGGAUAAGACCAAGAACAGCUGGGCUGACCGGGAGAACUUUGUGGCUCACAAUGGCAAGUACACCUUGAUUGAGGUGCAACAUGCAGAUGAUGAAGAGGAGCAGGAGGUGACGGUGAAGGUGGACAGUGUAGAUGGAGUGAAGCUGUCCAAGCAAAGGAUACGGCCCUGCACCUUGGACAAGCCUACUCAGGAGCUGGUCUCGCUCAUCUUCAGCAACGACAUGUUUAACGACGCCAUGCAGACCAUGAAUUUAGAUGUGAAGAAGAUGCCCCUGGGGAAGCUGAGCAAGCAGCAAAUUGCCAAAGGCUUUGAAGCUCUGGAGGCCAUUGAGGGAGCCCUGCAGAAGCAGCCGCCUUCGCAGAAGCAGCUGGAGGAGCUCUCCUCUCGCUUCUACACCAUCAUCCCCCACAACUUUGGGCGGGCUCGGCCUCCAUCCAUCAGCACUCAGGAGGUUGUCCAAGCCAAGAAGGACAUGCUGCUGGUACUGGCAGAUAUUGAACUGGCCCAGAGUAUGCAGGCCCAGAAGAAGAAGGAAGAGGAAGAAGAGGAGGAAAUGAAGGUGGAAGAGGUCCCACACCCAGUGGACAAGGACUAUGGGCUCUUAAAGUGCGAACUCACCCUGGUAGACCCAUCAUCGGAGGAUUAUAAGCUGAUUGUAAACUACGUAGAGAAGACAGGCUGCACUUAUCGGAAGCUUCAAGUCCUGAACAUCUGGAAGGUGAACAGAGAGGGUGAGGGCAACCGUUUCAAGGCUCACGGCCACCUGGAGAACAGGCGACUGCUUUGGCACGGCACCAACGUGGCUGUCAUUGCGGCCAUCCUGAAGAGUGGUCUGCGCAUCAUGCCACACUCCGGCGGGCGGGUGGGCAAGGGCCUCUACUUUGCAUCGGAGAACAGUAAAUCGGCAGGAUACGUUGGCACCACCUCCAAUAGAGUGGGGAUUAUGUUCCUGAAUGAGGUGGCCCUUGGCAAAGAGCAUCACAUCACACAGGAUGAUUGUUCGCUCUGCAAGCCCCCAGAUGGUUAUGACAGUGUCGUGGCCCGUGGCGUGACUGAGCCAGUGCCGCACCGAGAAGCGAUAAUGAAAAAUGUGAACAGGAAAAUUAAAGGAGAGGAUAAAACCCGCCACAGGAGCAGCAACAGCAACAAUCGUCAAAAUCCAGCCAGGCAAUCAAUCCCCUGUAAAAGGCCUGUUCGAAUAGGUGGGUUUUCACUGUGCGCAAGGGCAAUAAAAGAGAAUGUUUGCACCAGAGACUCUGCACUUUCUGUUUCCAUUUGUCUUCAGGCAAACUUAAGGAAGAUCUUCUCCAGCUUGAAUCUCUGUUGAUUGAACUGAGGUGUGGUUUACUUUUUUUUUUUUAGCCUCAUACAUGGCAUUGCUUGAGAAUUCUAAGAAACAAACAAAAAAUAAAUCAGUUCACACAUUCAUCUUGAUCCAAAAUUUUGUCCAAUGGUAUAUUUUCCUUACUUUGGGGUUUUUGUUUUUAAUUUAAAUGCAAUACAUUAAAAAGUGAGCUUUUUGAAAUAAAAACAAAGGGUAUAGGGUUUCACUAUGUUAAUUGUUAACAAUUACAGUUUUCAAACUACUGUAUUUUGUAUAAAUGAGAUCUAAAUUUCAUUUUACUUGUCCAUGGGAAGUCUACAUGUUUCAGCAAGCAAUACUUAUAUAGAGCCAUACAUUUAUCUUUCUAAUGCAGCAAUAUCAGUCUUUUAGCCAUAGUAAAGGCAUUUACGUUGUCCAGUUGUCAAAUUCCAUAUAGUAUGUAUGUUCAAAAUAGUAUUGUCUUGGCAAUUUUAGCUUCUUUCACCAUCAUAUUUAUAUGAUUCACUACUUAGCCCAGACUUAGUAAGUAUAGGACAUUAUAAAAACGUGUUUAAAAGAAGCAUCAUCUUUAUUACAUCACCAACAAAAUGCUGUCUUAUACAACAGAAAAUAAUAAUAUUCGUAUAGAAAAGGAUUGUAAUAUUGGUCGUAAUAUAAGGUCCCCUGACACAUUUGUUACACAGUAGAAGUUAAAAAAUUAUCCCAUUGUUGAGGCAAUAUAGGAACCUCUCUUUAUUCCAUUCAUUUCUUAACAUCAAAUUGACUUAUAUAUAAUAAAUAUCUAUAAAAAGUAACCAUAGUUUUUUUAAAAUUUUAAAUAAUUUAACCAGUUCUAGUAUUUCGGGUGUCUCAGAAGCUGAAAAUGCUGCUGGUCCAAACAAAGAAGUUAACAAAUGUAGCAGUAGAUAUUGCCAUUGGGUUACAUCCAAUAGCUGAUGUUUAUUUCAUAACAUGGCGUAUGUUAAAAAUUCAUCUUCAUUAUAUAUCAGUUGAUCCAAAGUCAAUAUGCCCGCUUCAAUCCAAUUGUAUCUGAACACAGAUGAAAACCUGGUCUUUGAUCUUGGGAACCAUCAUGAAAAAAUUGGUUACAGUAUUGUAAGAGGUGUGCAAAUGUAUACUGAACCAACAUAAUAAAUAGUUCUAUUUAUAUUCUUGGAGGAUAUGGGGAUACUUACACAAAUGGGUUUGGCUGUCACACAGUCCUUGAAUAUUUUGUACGCACAAAAUGGUACACACAACAGGCAUGCUAACGCUUUGUAGAAAAAGCUUGAACUUUCCUGGCAAUCUCUUCUGAUUUGGGAGAAUUGCCAUCGUAUUCCUGCAUACACUUUUCUCGGGGAGGAGAAAACACACUAUUGGAAUGGAAUGCCAUCAUGAGGCUUUUUCUAGUAACUGUCUUAUGCAGGGGAAAUGGAUGGCCAUAGACUCCUGACCUUAGAUUGAGGAGAGGAAUUUGUGCCCCUCCAAUCAUUCCUGACAAGUGAUUGGGGCUGGUGGAAGUUGGAGUCUGGCCACAUCUGAAAGGUCACAGGUUCCUCGUCUCUGCCUUUAGAGGGAAUGCUAGGGAAAGUAUAUGGCUUACUCUGAGCUCGGAAAAGUUAAGCAAGUUGUCAGGGAUUCUUUAGCUGUGACUCCUGCAUUUCAGGGGGUUGGACUAGAUGACCCUCCGGGUCCCUUCCAACUCUACAAUUGUAGAAGCUGGUGUAAGCCAAGAUGAGGCUCACUGUAUGCUUCUCCCAAUUCUUUUUUUUU